AUGGCCACAUCGAAACUACAUACAGACAAGUCCGACAACCUCAGCCCCAGCGCGCCGCCCCCGCCGAAACAAAUCCGCUUCGUCAACACCCAGGGCGAGCCGGCCAACAAGCGCAGGCGCAUCAAUGCCGCCUGCCGCACCUGCCACCGCCGCAAGACGAGAUGCCUUGGCGAACGACCGACCUGCUCGACAUGCGAAAAGUCCGGACACAAAUGCCAGGGCUAUCCAGAAGAGGGCAAGGCCCCCGAUUUCAAGGGCGAUCUGAGCGAUGAAGACGCAGAAGAAGGCGGCAAGGCCGAUGUCAAGGUUGUGAAGAAGGCCAAGGGCGCGAACGCCACCAGGGCAGCCGCCUCGACCACGACGCCCGCGACGACGGCCAAGAGCAGCAGGUCAUCGACAGCAGCAUCAGCCUCCAGAACCAGCAAGAAACCAGCUGCUGCAAUGCCAGCCCCGGUUCCAAGCGCGACCGACGCGUCCGACGCCAACACGAAACCUGACCGUCCGACGACCACCCAUCGUGUCAACGUCAACGCCAAUGUCAACAGCAACGGGCUCACUUCUCCAGCUCCAAAGGGGUUGGCGAGUCCCAAUAACACGGGACGAGCCCAGACUUUCCUGUCGCACACGCCAGACCCCGACUCGCCCACCAUGCGGCGCAAUUCACAGGCCAACAGCCAUCGCGUGCCGUACUUUCGCUACUUUGGUCCUACAGCCAUCGUACCCGGGUUCAAGCAGAUGGUGGUCUCCGUCAAGGACCGGCGUCGCUCUACAAACGGAUCGCUUUCCAUCAGCUCUCCCUUAUCGCAACCUAGCGGCAUCGUGGGAAGCGCCGCCGCCGACAGCGAUGUCAUCGUCGAGGACCCGCCAGUUUACGACCCCAAAGACCCAGUCCCCGUGCACGCCCUCAUACUCAACCUGACCAAGCUCUUUUUUGUCCAUCUCGGAUGCAAUUAUCCAUUCCUUAAACAAAGCAAGUUCCUCAACCUGGUCAAGGAAAAGAGGGCCGAGCCCAUCCUCGUGGACGCAGUGUGUGCCUUGGCUGCCAGAUUCUCAGAUUCACACAUCUUGACGGGCGGGAAUAACAAGAUGCCCCGGACUGAGAGAGGACACGUCUUUGCUCAGCGGGCCAAGCAAGCCACCGUGGACACCUUUCCUUGUCCGACGGUCGCGGCCGUGCAGGCUUGUCUGCUCAUGGCCUACGAGGGGUUCGGCGCGAACCAGGAUAGCGCGCUAUGGAUGUAUCUCGGGCUGGCCAUCCGGAUGGCUGUGGAUCUGGGCCUGCAGAAACGGAUAGGAAUACUCUACCAAGGCGAGAAUGACCCGUGGAACGUGCAGCGGAGGGCUACCGAGUCGGCAAGCCCAGAGCUCACCAUGGCGCAACCUGAUACGCCGUCGCACGAGGAGCAGCGAGAGCUGGAACAGGAGCGCAUCGACACAUUUUGGUCCGUCUUCUUUCUGGACCGAGUCAUCUCCUCCGGCACGGGGCGGCCCGUCACUCUGCGGGACGAAGACUUCGAGCUCGCCUUCCCCAAGCUGAAACUACAUCCCAAUGUGCGGUGGCCCAGUCCGUUUCCGGCGUUGAUUGAGAUCGUUCAUCUCUACGGCCGGGUGUCUGACGUCUUGAACAACAUCCACGACGCGUCCGAUCUGACGCAGGACAAGUGGCAGAAGCUCAUGGCCAUGGAGAGCCGGCUCACCAAGGUGUACAAGGGAUGGGAUGCGCGGCUGCAGUUCAACGUGGGCAACUUCAAGGCAUAUCUGGGCAUCGGGCAAGGCACGACGUUCAUCCUGCUGCAUUUCUGGUUCCACGCCCUGUUCAUCAUACUACAUCAGCCGACCCUGCUCACGCCCUUUGGCGAACUGCGGAGCGAGCUGCAGCUUCUGCGUGAUAGCCGCGAGCUCAGCAUGAGCAGCGCCAAGACGAUCUGCGACAUUUUAUCCUUUGCCGACUUGAUCGACCCUAAGAGCUUCAUCGGGAACCCAUUCACGAGCCAACCCAUGUACAUAGCCGCCUGCGCGUUUCUCAUGGAGUCGAGUGCCACCGCAUCACAAGCACCCUCGCCCGUGCGGGAAUCAUCACCGCCUGAGCCUGCGCAGGCGCCGCCGUCGGGCAAAACGCAACGAGAGCACAGCCACGACAAUGGCAAAAAGUCGAGACAUUCCCUUCUGGCGUCGGCAGCGAACCAGAAUUACCAGCGAUGCUACCAGUCCCUCGAGAAUCUGCAUACGUACUGGGGCGGUGUCAAGUAUAUUCUCACGGCGCUCGACCAGAAAGCCAAGGGGAUAUGGGAUUGCGAGACCUACACCACAGAGGAGUUUGAGAGCACGAAGCCGAAGCAAGGGGGCUUUGAGGUUGGGCAACUCCCUUUCGAAGACCAUUCCUCCCCCAGUAGGACGGGCCCGCCCAUUGGGUGGGCGCUGGCUGGCACGGCCAACUCGCCCAACUCAAGCUUGACGCUGAUGUAUCAGAACACACAUUCGCACGCGAGCGCGUUGGAAGAUGGGCGUUCCGGGGCCAUGUAUCCGCCCGCCAUACCUCAUAACACAACGUCCGCGGUACGGUCAUCGCCUCGAAAUCACCCUUCGUCCCUGCGACAGUCGAAUUUGAAUACCCUUUUAGAGGCCGCGCAUGAUACCGCAUACAUUGGGCCGAAUCAACCGUCCAGCUCCUUUGAGUACGGUGCCUCACCCUCCGUGGCCGAUGUGGCCGCCCGCCAAGGGUAUUACCAGGACGCCGCGACUCAUACUAGUCAUAAUCACGGCAGCAGCGGCAGCAGCAGCACCAAUAACAACAAUGUGUACUGGGGUGGAACAUCGGGAAACAUGGACGCCAUCACCUUUAACAGCCAGGACAUUGACAUUGGCGCCCUGGGCCUGCAGCAGCCCGAUCUCAUGGGGGGUUGGCUGGACUAUAUCCCCGGGGAUGUGCUCGGUCUAUUCGACAACCAGGAUAUGGAGCAUGGACCCGCUCCCUGA